AUGCUACCUAUCCCCUUUUCCCCUUUUGGUCAUCACCUUGGUUAUAUGGCAGCCGAGGAGACGGUAGGACUGCGUAAUUCGGAGUUGGCCGAGAUGGAUGGUCGAGAAGUGCACCCCACCACGUCAGGAUCGUCAAAACCAUCUGUUCAUGGCAAGUCCGAUGGCGUGAAAUCAUCGUCGCCAGCAGCCGAUUCAACAGCUGUACACGUGGUGGACGGCACUUCAUCGUCGUCGUCGUCAAGGAUGCCGACCAUCACUGGGAACAACUCCGAACAACAGCCGUCGGGACUUUGUUUUUAUUUCAGUGCACCCUUUCUUUACAAUGAAAUAUCACCCGUGUUACCUGUUCUACCUGCGGUACUAUCAUUUUUGGUGAUGGUCAGUCUACUGAAAACAUCGUUCAGCGAUCCAGGUAUACUUCCACGAGCUCCCGAUAUGGAGGUAGCAGAGCGUGCACGACAACAUUUCAAUGAGGUGAUCUCUGAUCCCGAUUACAAUCCAGAUACGAGCGCUCUUCCAGAUCCUCCCAGAACGAAACAGGUAAUAAUCAACGGUCAACCUGUUCGUCUAAAAUACUGCUUUACUUGCCGCCUAUUUCGACCACCUCGUAGCUCUCAUUGUUCAGUAUGCGAUAAUUGUGUACUGAAUUUUGACCAUCACUGUCCUUGGGUAGGCAACUGUAUUGGCCAGAGGAACUAUCGGCAUUUCUAUUUUUUCAUCUCAUCGUUGGCAUUGCUCAUCAUUUGCCUCUUUGCAUGUUCACUUGCUCAUCUUUUGAUGUUAUCGAAAUCGGAUCAAUUUCUGAAUGCUGUGAAGAAGACGCCGGUAUCUCUCGUAGUCGUUAUUAUCUGCUUCUUUUCAAUAUGGUCAAUCAUUGGAUUAGCCGGAUUCCAUACAUACCUAAUAGCGACUAAUCAGACAACGAAUGAAGAUAUUAAAGGGACCUUCAACAAUAAACGACGAGCACAGCAAGUAAUCAAUCCGUAUUCGUUCAAUUCAGUCGCUCGCAAUUGUUGUUGGAGGCUUUGUGGACCGGAACCUCCGAGCCUUAUCGAUCGGCGAGGUAUGAUGAAUAAUGAUCCGGUGUUUCGUAUACCUUUCCCUCCACUCGGAUAUGUUAAUGAAGUGUCGGAUGAGACAAAGUGA